AGUCGGUUUUUGCCGGGCAACGGUAUCGUAUCAUCGCAUAUUAUUUUACGCAUUUAAAUACACAAACGUGCAUGUUUAUCAAAAUCAGGUGGUUGAAAGUUAAAAAAAAAAAAAAUACAAUUUGUCUCAUUAAAUUUCAAAAUUAAUCUUCCAUUCAAAACGUACAUUGUCAUUAUCAAAAAAUCAUUUAAAAAAUCAACAACUAGUUAAGCUUUAUUUUUCUAUAUAUCAAUCAGUAUAUUUAAUUUUUUUAUAAUAAACUUUUUGAAUUAAAAAAAAAUCCAGUGACUUGUUGAAAAAACAAAGAAAAAAAAAAAAUAAUUAACAGUGCAACUGAGUGAAUUUAUUUUAUACAUUUUUUUUUCUUUCGUUCGACAGUGCUUUACUGAUUAUUUCAAGUAUAUAUAAAAAAAAGUUUGUUUGUUGUUUAAAGUUAAAACGUGCGGUGUCAUACUAUAUAUAUAUAGCAACUGUGAAAGAAUGAGUGAUGACAGUGAGAAUUUAUACCAAGGGUAACUGAAAGUGUUUUGCAGUGUUGAGGGAACGAUGUGAGCUUUCGAUCAUGAAGGGUGCUGGACACAGUCGCGUCUGGAAAUUGACAGUGACAUUUUUUGCAAUUGGUAGUUGGAUGGGACGUGUUGGACCACGUCCAGCUGAUGGUGAAUUAGCAACAUUAACAUCAACACGUGAAAGAUUACAAACAGUACAUCAAGUACUCAAAGAAGUACCACUUAUUGAUGGACACAAUGAUUUACCAUGGAAUAUACGUAAUUUUGUUCAUAAUCAACUUAAUGAAUUUGAUUUUGAUAAAGAUCUACGACAAAUUUCACCUUGGAGUAAAAGUGCAUGGAGUCAAACAGAUUUACUCAGAUUACAGCAGGGAAUGGUUGGUGGUCAGUUUUGGGUUGCUUAUGUGCCAUGUAAAUCUCAAUAUCUCAAUGCCGUACAGCUGACUUUGGAACAAGUUGAUCUUAUCAAAAGGCUCAUUGAUAAGUACUCUGAUUACAUGGAAUUUGCAUCAUCAUCAAGAGAAAUACUGGAAGCUCAUUCAAGGGGUAAGAUAGCAGGUCUUAUUGGUGUUGAAGGUGGUCACAGUUUAGGCAGUAGUCUAGCUGUAUUGAGAACACUUUAUCAAUUGGGUGUACGUUAUUUAACGCUGACUCAUACUUGCAAUACACCAUGGGCAAAAAGUUCAUCAGUUGAAGAAGAGGACAAUGGCAAUGGUGGUGGACUAACUGAUUUUGGAAAAGUCGUUGUACGUGAGAUGAACCGGUUGGGUAUGCUGAUUGAUCUCAGUCAUACUGCUAGGGUUACAAUGAGAGAUGCACUUGAAGUCAGCAAAGCACCACUUAUAUUCUCACAUUCAUCUGCAUUCUCAAUUUGUAAUUCAACGAGAAAUGUACCAGACGACGUUUUAAAGCAGCUUGCUGUUAAUGGUGGACUUGUGAUGGUGACUUUUUUCAAUUAUUUCGUUAAAUGUGGACCAGAUGCAAGUGUGACUGAUGUUGCUGAGCAUAUUUAUUAUAUUAGAAAUCUCAUUGGUGUUGAUUACAUUGGAGUUGGUGGUGAUUUUGAUGGAAUUAACAAAACACCACGGGGCUUGGAAGAUGUUUCAAGAUAUCCAGAACUUUUUGCUGAGCUUCUGAGAAGCGGCAAAUGGAAUGUUGAGGAUCUAAAGAAAGUUGCUGGACUAAAUUUGCUCAGGGUUUUCAGACAAGUUGAAAAAGUACGAGAUGACAUGCAAAAAGAUGGUAUAAGGCCAUUAGAAAUACUACUAGAUUCACCAGACACAAUUGGCAAUUGUGCACUCGAUAUAAAUUCAGUACAAAGACUCACAGAAGUUUGACGAAUUACCAAUAUGAAUCAGCAUUUUAAUGGUAAACUUUAUUCAAAGUGGAUCAAUCAUCAGCUACUUCUGAUUAUUCAGCAAUCCAUAAACAAUAACUAAAAAAGCUUCACUGCAUUUGAAUAAAAAAUCUUGAUUAAGAAAAUUAAAUAAGAAAAAAAAAGAAAGACAAUUCAUUAAUUAAGAAAAAAAAAAAAAGGACAAAAUCUUUCGUACAUUGUAAAAAGUUUUGGAGAGCUUUUUUUUCAAUUCUUAAUUUACAAGCUCUUUUUUUUCCUGACUGGAAUAACACGUACCUGCUCUGUCGAAGCAAAAAAAUAUUUGACCCAAAAUUUAAAUUAUUUCGUAAUUUUGUGGUCUAUCUGUGUUCCCUAUUGUC